UGGUGAGAGCAGAAAGGAAUUACUGCUUCUCUGCUGCUCUGCCGUCGUCGCCAGGCAAAGUGCACAACACCAUGAUCACGUCCCUUCUUGCUAUCACACACACACACAUACUUCCAAGCGUACACACUUGCUUGCACAAGUGGGGAGCUACUUGUGUGCGAGUGAGAGAUAUCUCGCUACCUUGGUCUCGGAGAAAUACUCUGGGAAUAGGGAGAGAUGGGUCAGUCGGUGAAAGAUCUGCGCUUGGACAACGAUCGCUUCGUCGCUCUGCUGCGCAACCUAAUCGGAGAGGCGAAGUAUUUACAGAACAAUCCCCCCCAACUCGUGCCGGAGGAAGACAGAGCCGUGCGCCAUGUGUUGGAGGUUUUGGGCCCCCAUAGCGUGGACCAAGGGGGGCCUCUGGUGUUGAAGCAUAUUACCUACGUUAAGGGGCGAGGGAACCUGAUUGUGGAGUAUCCAGGCUCGGAGCCUGGCCGAGUGGUGUCCUUUGUGGGCUGCCAUAUGGACGUCGUCACCGCUAAUCCGGCAGAAUGGGAGUUCGAUCCCUUUUCCUUGAGCAUAGAUGGCGAUAAGCUGCGAGGUAGAGGGACCACGGAUUGCUUGGGGCAUGUAGCAUUGGUGACGGAGCUUUUUCGCAAGCUUGCGGAGACAAGGCCGCCUCUCAAGAUGACAGUUGUGGGAGUCUUCAUUGCAAACGAAGAAAACUCUGCAGUGUAUGGUGUUGGAGUGGAUAUGCUUGUUAAAGAUGGGUUCCUCGACAAUCUGAAAUCGGGUCCAUUAUUGUGGCUGGACACAAGUGAUAAGCAACCGUGUAUUGGAACCGGCGGCAUGGUGAGCUGGAAGUUGACUGCCACAGGGAAGCUCUUUCAUAGUGGCUUUCCUCACAAGACGGUGAACGCCAUGGAAUUGGCCCAGGAAGCGCUUAAGGAGAUACAAAAGCGAUUUUACAUUCAAUUCCCGUCACACCCGAAGGAAGCUGUCUAUGGCUUUGCAACACCAUCAACGAUGAAACCGACUCAGUGGUCAUAUCCAGGAGGCGGUGUGAAUCAGAUUCCAGGAGAGUGCACAAUAUGUGGUGACUGCAGGAUUACUCCGUUUUACAAUGUUGAUGAUGUUGCCGAAUGGUUGAAAGUUACGGUGGAAGACAUAAAUGCUAAUAUUGAGGAUCUAGACUCACGUGGUCCUGUUUCUAAGUAUAAUAUACUUGAGCUGGGUAUAAGGGGCAGGUUGUCGCUGGAAUUUGGUGAAGCGGCUCUUUCUGGAGUAGCCUGUAAUCUGGAUUCACCUGGGUUUCAUGCGCUUUGCAAAGCAACAGAAGAGAUCGUGGGAUAUGUGAAGCCUUAUUCCAUCACAGGAUCCCUUCCUUGUAUUCGGGAAUUGCAGGACGAGGGUUAUGAUGUACAGACUAUCGGAUAUGGCUUGAUGAAGACAUACCAUGCACAAAACGAGUAUUGUCUGCUUUCAGACAUGCAGCAAGGUUUCGCAGUUCUGACGAACAUGAUUUCUCAGCUGGAGGAGUGAUCAGAAGCUCUGUUGAAUGGAUCUCCAUCUUUGAGGUCUUGUCAAAACCAAUCUUGGUGUUCUAGUCAUCUUCAUGCUACAAGUCUGUUUUUGUUCUGCUGCAACAAAAAAUUGAUUCUGAUAGACUUGGAGGAAAAUAAAGAGUAGAAAAAAAAAGGAACGAAAAGAUCUGUAACUCUGGCACUAGAAUCACUAAUAUCAUGAAUGAUGAAAGGUUUGUUGAAGCAUGAGUUUGAUA